AAAAACUAAAAAAUAAAAUAGGAAAAGUGACGCGCUGAAGUGAUUGAUAUGCUUGGCUUCACACUUUGGUUUUCCAAGCGGCAACAUUUUAUCAGGCGGGAAGAAUUUACUCAAUUUUGAGCCAAUAUUCACGCACACACACACACACACACACACACGCGCGCACACACAUCUCCAUCUUCGCAGACCUAAAUCAGCCGCACUUUGCUUAAAAUUCAGUCAGUUUCUACCCGUGGUUCAUGGAAGACGAACCGGUGGUGCCGGAACCGGCGACUCGCCGUUCGAAAAGGGCUAGGGCUCAGGUCAGGACUGCAGAUUUCACGCGCACAGACAAAAUUGAAGAUGAAUUGGAGGAAGAGAGGGAGGAGUCUUCAGACGAUCUUCAGGAAAAUCGGCGAAAACCUAAGAGAAAUAAGGCUACUGAAGGCGCUUCAACUUCGGCUGCAGCCGCGCGUAAAGCCGACUCGAGUUUGAUUGACGUUGUUAAAGGUGAAGGGAAGGAAAUUCCUGAUGUAGUCAAACGAUGGGUUGAACAUUAUGACAAAAACCAGAAAUCCGCAACUGCUGAUCUCUUGUCUAUGCUUUUUGAGGCAUGUGGAGCAAAAUAUUUCCUUCAAGAAGAGGAUAUAGAUAUGACUGAUGUUGAUGACGUGGUGGUUGCUCUUGUUAAUAUGGCUAGAAGAGGGGAAAUUGAAGAUUAUCAGAGUUCGAAAAGGGGAUUCAAGAAUUUCAAAGAUAAUCUUAUUUAUUUCUGGGACAAUUUGGUUAGCGAAUGUCAGAGUGGACCACUCUUUGAUCAGUCAUUAUUUGAUCGGUGUUUGGACUACAUCAUUGCCUUGUCAUGCACUCCUCCUAGAUGUUACCGUCAGAUUGCCUCACUGAUGGGACUUCAACUUGUCACAUCCUUCAUUAAUGUUGCUAAAGUGCUUGGUGCACAGAGAGAGACCACUCAGAGACAGUUAAAUGCUGAAAAGAAAAAAAAGAUUGAAGGACCCCGAGUUGAAUCGCUUACUAAAAGGCUAUCAAUGACACAUGAAAAGAUAACUACCAUGGAAGAGAUGAUGCGGAAAAUAUUUACCGGGUUAUUUGUGCACCGUUACCGAGACAUUGAUCCAGAUAUCCGGAUGUCAUGUAUAGAAUCCCUUGGUGUGUGGGUACUGUCAUAUCCCUCACUUUUCUUGCAGGAUUUGUAUUUGAAAUAUCUUGGAUGGACAUUGAACGAUAAAAGCGCUGGUGUUAGAAAGACUUCCGUUCUGGCAUUGCAAACUCUUUAUGAGGUGGAUGAUAACGUUCCAUCUCUUAACCUUUUCACGGAGAGAUUUUACAAGCGGAUGCUCGAGCUUGCUGAUGACAUUGAUAUUUCUGUGUCAGUAUGUGCAAUAGGCCUAGUAAAACAGCUCUUGAGACAUCAACUAGUGCCUGAUGAUCAACUAAGUUCUUUAUAUGAUUUAUUAAUUGACGAUCCACCAGAUGUUAGGCGUGCUAUUGGAGCACUAGUAUAUGAUCAUUUGAUUGCUCAGAAAUUUAAUAAUUCACAGUCUCGCUCAACAGGUAGUGACAGUGAUUCUUCAAAGGUUCAUAUUAGUAGAAUGUUGAAGAUACUAAAAGAGUUUUCAACUGACCCCAUCCUGAGUUUAUAUGUCAUUGACGAUGUCUGGGAUUACAUGGGCGGCAUGAAAGACUGGAAAUGUAUCAUUCAAAUGCUACUGGCGGAUAACCCAUCAGCUGAGCUUGAUGAUGUAGAUGCAACAAAUUUGAUUAGGCUUCUCUUUGCAUCAACAAGAAAGGCAGUAGGAGAAAGGAUUGUUCCUGCAACUGAUAAUAGAAACCCACAUUAUACCAAAGCUCAAAAGGAAAUAUUCGAAAACAAUAAACGUGAUGUCACAGUUUCCAUGAUGAAGACCUAUCCUCAGCUUCUACGCAAGUUUAUGCCUUACAAGGACAAAGUAUCACCUCUAGUUGAAAUUAUCGUUCACAUGAAUCUUGAGCUUUAUUCUCUCAAGAGACAAGAACAGAACUUUAAAGCUAUUCUUAAACUUAUGAGAGAGGCAUUCUUUAAGCAUGGGGAAAAGGAUGCUUUGAGAUCAUGUGUGAAAGCAAUCAAGUUUUGUGCCACGGAUAGCCAAGGAGAAUUGCAGGACUUUGCUCAGAAUCAGAUCAAAGAGCUUGAGGAGGAGUUGAUUGGAAAAUUAAAAUCUGCAAUAAAAGAUGUUGUGAAUGGUGGUGAUGAAUACUUGCUGCUUGUAAAUCUGAAAAGGUUAUACGAAUUUCAGUUGUCACACAGAGUUCCUCUUGAAAGCAUGUAUCAAGAUCUUGUACAUGUACUCAAGAGUUUCAGAACCAUAGAUGAUGAGGUUAUUGCCUUUCUGCUUCUAAAUAUGUUCUUUCACGUUUCAUGGUGCCUGCAAUCUGUUUUAUCCAGUGAAACAGUUUCAGAGGCACGGGUAUCUGCUCUGGUAGAAAAGCGUGAUGCCUUGUUGGAACAACUUGAGUACUUUCUUGAUAAACCUUUAAAACUUCAUGGUGAUGUUAGGUGUAAAAAUCAGCUGGCGUAUAGGGUUUGUGGUAUCCUUGCAGAUACGUGGUGUUUAUUCAAAAGGAUUAGAUUUGCCUCGACAAAUCUGGAAAUGUUAGGGUACUCUCCAGAUGAGUCCAUUGUUAAGAAGUACUGGAAAAUGUGUGAGCAACUACUAAAUGUCUCAGAUGAUGCAGAAGAAGAUGAAGGAAACAGAGAAUAUGUGGAGGAGACUAAUGCAGAUGCUGUCAUGUUUGCUCUGGCCAAAUUAGUGGCUACUGAUUCAGUUCCUAAGGAGCAUCUUGCCCCAGAGAUCAUUUCUCAUCUGGAGAAGUAUGGUACCAGUGUCAGUGAAACUGUGAAGCAUUUAGUCACCUCCUUAAAGAAAAAGGGAGACAUAUCAAGUAUUCUUAUAGAAACGCUGAAAAUGGCCUACCAAAGGUACCUGGUAGCACUUUCUGGCAAUGAUAAAUCACUGUCAAGCAAGUUAUUUCAGGAAUGUAAAAGUCUUGCUGCUCGGCUGUCUGGGUCAUAUGUUGGUGUCGCCCGAACCAAGUAUAAAGCUGAAAUUAUGAAUAUUGUCAAAGAAGGUAUCAGUUAUGCGUUUUCACGUGCUCCGAAGCAAUUGUCAUUCCUUGAUGGCGUAGUGCUUCAUUUUGUAUCCAAACUUCCUGCACCUGACAUACUUGACAUCAUGAGAGGAGUUGAGAGAAGAACUGAAAAUGUGAAGACUGAUGAAGAUCCCAGUGGGUGGCGUCCCUAUUACGCAUUUCUAGACACUAUUCGUGAGAAAUACCUGAAAAAUGAAGCUGUAAAAGUUGCAGAUGGUAAAGAAGGUACAUCUGUGAGACGUCGGGGUCGUCCAAGAAAGAAACAGGAUCUACAAGGAAAAAGGCUUUUUGACGAGCAAAGUUCGAGUGAAGAGGAUGAUUCAAUUAGUGGGUCUGAUCAAGAUGCAACAGUUGAAGAAAAACAAGAAGACGAUGAAGAGAAUGUGCCUUUGAUACAUUCACUUAAGGCAUCAUCCAAGCUAAGAUCUUUGAAGGUUUCUAAAGAGGACAAGAGAGACCAGACAAGGACAGUAGAUGCUGGAAGAAGAGCAACUGAGGAGUUAACUCCAAAAACUUCAGGGGCGUCGAGCUAGCAAGCAUUGAACUAACAGGAGCUGGAAAUGGUGUGCCAAUGUAACUGGCAGUAUGACAUGUAAAUUAUGAUGUUUAUCACAGUUAGCCAUAGCAUCUGAAUUAAAUCCCCCACCCCACCCCACCCCACCCCACCCUAACCCCUAGGGUUCUGUAGAUGAAUGUAGAAAUACAACUGCAAGUUAGGUUGGAGUUUCAUUCCUUCGUACUGUAUUUCUUCAGAUAAUUUCCACUGUUCUUUUUCUUUUUUGUAACAUGCGAUUGCGUUCAUUGGAAGAAAAGGGAAAAUUACGAA